AGUUCCUAUGUUAUCUGUUUAAUUUAAACAACGUUCGUUCUUUGUCAGUUUUCUGCUUUAAACUUAAGUUGCUAAUGGAACAGGUUUUUAGUUCUUUGAUCAGCAGUGUGCUUUAAACAACGUUUACAACUUGCUAGUAGAAUAGACGUUUAACUCUUUAUUCGGCUGUGUGCUUUAUACAACGGUAACAGUUUCCUAGUGGAAUAGUGACAUUAAGGUUACGGCGUUAAAAUGGAGAGGUAUGAAGGCCGUGUUGCGCUGGUAACUGGUGCUUCCAGCCGUGUAGGGGAGGCAACUGUGAAAUUACUCGUAACUCACGGAAUGAAAGUUGCUGCAUGUGCAAGAAGUUUUGAUAAGCUUAAAACUUUAGCAGAAAGUGUGUCGUGUGAACGGGGUGAAGUUUUACCUAUAAGAUGUGAUUUGAGAAAGGAAGAGGAUAUUGCGGCCAUGUUUGUUGAAAUUAAGAAUAAAUGGGGAGGUGUAGAUGUGUGUAUUAACAGUGCUGGCUUGGCACUAGAUGCACCUAUAAUAGAUGGGGACAGCCAACAGUGGAAAAAUAUGUGGGAGGUUAAUGUUAUGGCGUUGUGUCUAUGUACACAAGAAUCUGUGAAAUCUAUGAGAGAGCGCGGUGUUGACGAUGGACACGUCAUCAAUUUAAACAGUUUAUCUGGCCAUCGAGUUGGACGAAGUCAUUUUUAUUCUGCCACGAAAUAUGCUGUGACGUCAUUAACAGAUGGAAUAAGAUGGGAAUUACGAGGAAUAAAAUCACACAUCCGGGUUACGAGUAUAAGUCCUGGAUUGAUCAAGUCUAAUUUUGCCAAAACGAUGUUAGGAGAUGAAGCUGCGGCUGAAGAAGUGUAUGCUAGUAGGCAGGCGUUACAACCAGAAGAUAUAGCUAAAGAGAUAGAAUUUGUUUUAGCUUCACCUCCUCAUGUUCAGAUUCACGAAAUAAUGGUUCGACCAACAGAACAAGAAGUAUAAAUAUUAUGUGAAUUUACGCGUGAUUAUAUGACAGCGGUACCAGUAUAUGGUUCGAAACGUUAUGUAUAAUAAAACUAGUUUUCAGUAU